CUAUUUUUGUUCUGUUUCUUUAGUAGAAGUCACUUGAGUUGGCUGUCUGAUUCACUAUAUAUUUAUUCAAUAUCCAUCCCGUUCAUAUCUAAUCUUGGAGGCAGAUAAGACUAUAGAUAUCUUCUCAAGAUUUCUAAAUAUUCCUCACCCUGAAGCACCUUCACAAAGAUGGACCAAAAGGCCGUAGCCACACUGCUAGAGCUUGCUGCAAAAAGUCUGCUAAGUAAUGAGCCUGCGGCUAUCCAUGCCCUGGAAGAACUCCCAAGAGACCUCUUUGUUCCCUUGUUCAUUGAUGCCUUCGUGGGAGGGCAUGAGAAGAUACUAAAAGCAAUGGUGAGGGCUUGGCCCUUUCACUGUCUCCAUAUUGGGGCACUGAGUGUACAAGAGUCAUAUUAUGAAAUCUUGGAAGCCAUGAUUGAUGGUCUGCAGAUCCUCCCUGACCAGAACUCUUCCUCUUGGGGGCCAAAACUGAGGAUCCUAGAUUUGAGACAGGACCCAGACUGUGGAACAACAUGCUCAGAGAUCAGUACCACAUUUCCUUUCUGUUUUCAGUCUUGUGUUUACUCUCAACACUCUAUCCUUAAAACAGAAGAAGCCCAGCAUAGUAUCAAGUGCCUUGGAAUUGUUAAUUCAGAAUCUGAGCCUCUGUCAACCCAAAAACCCAUGGAAUUAUUAGUGGACCUUUCUUUCAAUGGUACCUUGAGAACAAAGCAAUUUCUUUCUUUCCUUCAGAGUAAAGUUGAGCAGAGCUUUGGGUCUUUGCACCUCUGCUGCAGAGAUUUGCAAAUUGAUAAAAUGUCUGCCCACAAAAGUGUCCUGCAGUUUCUGGAUCUAGGAUGCAUUGAUCAUCUGGAAUUGAAUCAGGCUUAUCUGAAAGAAGUCACCACACUAUUGGCUCAGAUGAUCCACCUGAACAGCAUUAGUUUGUCUAACAUCUCCUUUAAACAUUGUAAGAGGGAAGACUUCAGAACUUUUCUCAUCCAGCUUGGGCAACUAUCCAACCUCCAGGAACUCAGCUUGGCUUUAUUCUGCCUUACAGAUCAACUUCAUAAACUGCUCAGAAUCCUGCCACCUCAGUUGGAUACAUUGUGUCUAUCUUUUUGUGGCCUGUCUAACAGAGAUAUCACUGUCCUGUCCCAGAGUUCUCAGGCCACCUACCUAAAGCUAUUGAAUCUCAGCAACAACCAGAUAUUCUCAGAAGUUUAUGAGCCCUUCCAGACUCUGCUAGAGAAGGUAUCAGGCACCCUGCAGUAUCUGGAGAUAAAUAAUUGCCUGAUAACUGAUUCUACUCUCUCUGCUGUCCUCCCAGCCCUGAGUCACUGUACCCACCUCCGUGUCCUUAGCUUUGCCUUCAACCCCAUUACAAUGCCUCUGCUCAUGGGCCUUCUGCAGCAUUUAACAUGCUUGGUAGACCUGAAACAUGUUAUUUGUCCUGUUCCUGUCCACUGCUAUGAACAAUGGAAUUUUCCUGGCAGUUUGGACCGACAAAAACUUGCUGAAGUGCAGGCCCAACUGACAGCAAGGCUGCAGGUAUUACAGCGAGAUGACAUGACCUGGACCACUUGUCCUGAGUGAUUUCCAUAGUACAAAGAGUUGUUUGAACACUGAUGUGUGACCAUUAAAGCAUUCAGUGUUUGGUCUAAAGCUCAGAUUAGUUAGACACAGAGAUAAAAUUCUACUGUUUGAGGAAAUGAGUUAGGGAGAUUGGAUCUAUACCUGACCUCUAUAAAAGAAAAACUCUAAAAAGAAAAUAGAAGAAUUUGAAAGGGCCUGUGGAUCUUUUGCACAUUGCCCUCUACAUCCUUUUCUGGUUACUAACCAUAAUGUUGGAUAUGUGAGAUAGGCUAACCCAGUGACUGUACCAUCAUUUUUGUUGUCACACUGAUUGGUCCACUUAUCCACUUAUGGACAUAUGACACAAAUCAGAACAAUUGAAACUUCCUGGUUAUGGUAGUUAUUGAAGCUAAUAAUUUUACCCUUUAGGGUCCUGCAAACUUCUUAUAUUUAUGAUUGCCUUGGGUUGUUUAUGAGAAAUCCUGUGUGAGUAAAAGGAAACAAACUGUGCCUACGACCUACUGGUGUUUUUUGUUAUUUGUUUUUGAGUAUAGUUGACACGAAAUGUUACAUUCAUUUCAAGUGUACAGAAUAGUGAUUGUUUCUCUGUAUGUUAUGCUAUGCCCACCACAAGUAUAACUACCAUCUGUCACCAUACAACCCUAUUACAAUAUCAUUGGCUAUAUUCCCUAUGCUGUGUCUUUUCCUGCUGAUGUUUUUGUUAAUGUGUUGUUACCUGCUUUCCCAGGUCUCAGACCUCUGGCUCAGUUAUUCCUUAUUUCACAUACAUUCACCAAAUACCUAUUAUAAUGUAGAUAUUGUUCUAGGUGCUGCAAAAUAUAAGGUCCUUGAUCUCAAAACAGUCAGCGUAUAGAUAGUCCUAUGAUUUUUUCAGUUUCUCCACAAUUUUUUAGGGCAUUUGCAAAAAUUAUUUGCCACUCCUCCCCAGAUUUGUUUCACCUUUUCUCGUACAUACUCUGCUCAAUCCAUGUUGGCCUCUUUAUGCUAUUGUACUGCCUUCAGGUCAUGGCUUAAAUUUUUCCUCCUCAGGUAGGCUUUUUCUCUAUCCAAGUAGAUUGUCUCUGCUGAUGCUCUCUCUUAAUGUACCAUGUACAUUUCCUUCAUGGUACACAUAAUUCCAUAUGUAUUUGCUCCCUCUGCUCUUCCACUAGAGUUACACUGUUCCUUAUGGUACACAUUAGCCAUAUGUGGCUACUGAGCACUAGAAACUUGCUCCAAGUAUUAAAUGCACAGUAUACAUCCAAGACUUGAUCAGAAACCAAAGAUAUAGAAUAACAAAUUGAUAACUUACUGA